AUGGAACCCCCCACAAAGAAAAGGCGACGGGGCUCUCCAGCUCAAAAAGAGGUUCAAGAUGAAAGUGACGAUGACGAACUUGCCUCACAUCCUCAAGAGAUUAGGAUGCGCCGAGACCCUGAUAUUCAGCUUGCGCUCAAGCGGGCGAAUGCUGACCACAAACUGCAAGCCACAAUGGCUCAUAUUAUCGAAAAAUACAGCCGGGACUUUGAGGGCAUCGGCGACGAAAUCGACAUGAAAACUGGAGAAAUUGUGGUUAACAACGGUCAUUUGCGUAAUAUGCGUGAUGAGGGAGACGUUGAAGGACUAUGGAUGGAGGGCGACAGUAACAUCGACGAAGAUGAAGGAGUUCUGCUCGAGGACCUUACGGAUGGAUGUUCUGAUAGCGAAGAACCAGUCAAAGAAGUCCAGCAUUCUCGGAGCGACCAUCAGAACAACCAAGAAUCAACGUUUGCAGAACAAGGCACGCCAACGAGCCAAAGGACUCACAGCGAAGUGUCCCAGGAAGCACUACAAGCUGAUACAGAUACGACCAUAUAUCCCUCACGAAUUAAUAACGCCAUGCUGCAUGCCAGCGAAUCUCACUUCGGUCCUCCACCCUAUGGACCGGGUUCGUCAGUUGGGUUCGGGCCAACUCCAGGAUUUGGGCCCUGGGGAGGAAUGCACGGGUUUCCUAUGCAAGCCUGGGGUCGGGACGAUAUUCCCCCAUAUUUCAACAUGCCACCGAGUAUGCCAGGGCCUUGGUUCACUGGAGGCAGAUACGACUUCCCUGCUCAUAACGGACAGACAUCGAUUUGGAGUCGCAACCGGGCCAAGAAGACAAAGCGGGCUGGCUCUAUGAAAGCAUCCUCCAAGCAGGCGAUGACCAGAAACCCUAGCAGCUCUCGUGCGGAAGAGGAUGCAGUUGCAGAUGAUCAUCACAGAUCCGUGUUUGAGCAACAGUCACGUGAUAAUCAAGAAGAUUUGGCCCCUGAUAGAACUAUAAAUGAUACCGACGAAGACGAUGACUUGAUUUUCUCUGAGACUACCGUGGUAGCGUCGACCUCUGAGGCGAGUCUUGUCCUCCCAACAAAAGAAUCACCUGCGAAGGACGAAGUCCAUCGGCAUUCACAGGGGGCACUGGAAGAAACCAAUGGAAAUGUUGCGAAAGUGCCCCAGCAGAACGACGAAGAAGACGGUUCUGGUCGGAGACGGUCUCGCCGACCGAGGAAACAAGCUGAGUAUAUGGGCAAGAUCUCAUGGGACGAUGCCAAAGAAUGGCAGAAAUCAGGUCAGAGGUUGAGGGUGGAGCUAUACAAGGCUGACCCAGCCGUUCGCAAAGACUUCGAGAGCGUCGAUCAUGUCGGCGAUGAGUGUGCCUCGUCCUCGGAGGAGCUUCGAGGCAAUGCGCUGGGAACAUCAACACUCGAAAGGGGGACGACCUCCCAAAGGCUGGUUAUACCAGAUUCACAGGACACCGCGACUCCUUUCAACAGCAGUGCUCCUGAGGCACCGGAGCGCAAGGUGGCUAACGACAGACUCUAUGCUUCUGAUGUACCUACCGUUCCUAGCAUGGAGCUUUCAGACGACGAAGCUCCUCUUGUUCUUUCAAGGAUCCGAGCACCAAAGCGCCAGGCAGAACCCCGAAAACCUCUAUCGCCACUUAUGCCAACAGAUGAUCGAAUUCGAAACGCUGAGCCCAUUGUACAUGUUACGAGGUCAACAAAGCCCAAUCAAAGAGCAACAUCCACAGUUGAGCCCACGGUUGGGGGUACGCAGGACCAGACUAUAGAGCCUCCCAAGCGCAGGCGGGGAAGACCCAAAGGCUCAACACGUAAGGCUCAAAAUAACAAUACUGUUUCUAGUACGAAUGCCAUAGCAAGGGGCCCCACGGCGCCUCAACAACAUGAUGCUGGCGCGCCAAAGACGUCAAAUCCCGAUAUUGAAAUUGAGUCGGAAGAUCACUCGACCUAUGGUACGAGGACCCAUGAUUGUCCGGAUCGCGAUGAAGAAACCCUACCGAAAUCGGAUAAUGAUGUUACAGAGACUGAAGAGCGUCCAGUAACACAUCAUCUAACGAGCGAACUCAAAUGGCUCCUCAAGACAAAAUCCAAGAGCCCAGUGUCUUAUAGACCACAAGCUAAAACUUCAGACGAGACCAUCAAGCCUCGGCGGUCCCGGGAAAGGCUCCAAAAGUCCAGUAGCAGCGCAGACGAGUCAACAGAACUCAAUGAGGAAAUUUCAGAUGGCCAGAAGGAACAGCCGCCACUUGGGCUGUUGCAGGAACCAAAAAUAAUUCCCGGGGGGCAUAUGGAAGCACCGGAGUCCGUCAUAACCGUCGGAGACGACCAGUCAUCUACAGCUUGCCCUUCCUCCCCCGGCCAUGUUGAAGACUCUCCCAGCUACAGCGAUCACUCUGAUGGUAAUGGGUCUCGUCUUAACGACAACUCCUCUGAUUAUGCGCCUCCUCAAGACGAAGCUGUACAUGAUGAAGAAUCUCUCCCCGAAUUGCCUCGAAAUAUCAUGGUUCAAGAGGCAUCGACACCACGGAAGCCGAAGGAUACAAGGGCUCUCCUUACAGAACCCACUUCAAGCUCUCACAAACCACACACCCCUCGUCAUGCUUCCAUUCGUACUACUCGUGCACCAUCAUCACGCCGAUCCCUCCUCUCAUUUGUGUCGGAUUCGGAAUCGGACGCCGGUGAGUUUCGGGAUGAGUUAGCGCGCAGAGUCAAAUCAACAUCAAAGACAGCAAGCGUUCGUCCUUCAACGAAGAAGAUUUGGCGAGCCAGUGCCCUAACUAGAGAAGUCCAGCGGACGCCCAGUAGAAAGCGUUUCCGUGAAAUGUCCAGUCCUACCAGCACUGUUAAGACACCGGGAGGCACGUUACGAACUUGUGGUAUAGACGGUUAUCAAUGUGGCCGAGACUUUUGCUUCUCUUGUAUAUGA